AUGGCUUCUCAUCCAAUCAAAGACGACAAAGAGGUCAGCAAGACCAUGGACGACAAUCAAGUCCACAUCGCGGUCGGUACUGUCGAAGAACGCCGCGCCUACACGCUUCGGACACUCUUCCGAAGCGUCUUGUUUCAGAUGGUUCUUUUUGGAGCGCUGUCGUUUGUCGGACCUGCCAUGUCAGAUGCUAUAACCAACCUGGGCGGCGGUGGGCUGUCUUCGCCAUGGCUUGCGAAUCUUGCCAAUUCGUUGAGUUACACUAUGAGCUUCUUUAGCACCAUUAUCGGCGGACCCAUUAUCAAUAGGAUUGGCAUUAAAUGGGCUUGCGUUAUAGCAGCAUUGACCAUGCCCCUGCAAGGAUCUUCGUACUAUGUUAACGCUAGAUAUCAUAAUGAAGCAUAUCUUCUGGCGGCCAACGUCAUCAAAGGUAUCGGAGGCGGUUUUCUCUACGUGGGUGAAACGACGGCUAUGUUGUCGUAUCCAAAGCCAGAAGACCGAGGGUUUUAUUUGGGUGUGUGGUCCGCGAUGCGAAAUUCGGGCAGCGUGAUUGGCGGUGCCAUCAACUUUUCGACAAACCAUACAGAUUCAAAGGGUGGGGGUAUUGCUUGGGCAACGUACCUCAUAUUUGUUGGCUUUGAAUGCUCUGGAUUCAUCUGGGCUCUUUUGUUGUCAACGACGUCAAAAGUGCGCCGCAGGGACAACAGCCCAGUCAACAUGAGUGUAGAGGUCUCGUGGAAGGAAGAAUUUCUGGCACUAUGGUCUUACCUGAAGGAACUCAAGACAUGGCUGAUAUUCAUCCCUGCCUUCUAUUCCUUCUUCUACGGCGGAACCAUGGGUACCUAUCUCUCACUUCACUUUUCGGUCCGCGCCCGUGCCCUUUCGUCUCUGAUCGUCCCGACUAUCACUAUUCCAUCGGUAGUACUGUUUGGCAAGCUACUUGACACGCCUCGGUGGUCGCAGCGGCGCCGUGCGUGGACGGCAAUGUCGGUAUGGGGGCUGCUACAGAUGGGCUGCUUCAUUUGGAUCGCAGUCGAGUAUGCUGUGCUACCAGAUAAGAUUGCUUUGGAUUACCGACUGCAUUCGCAUAAAUGGGCCCGAGCCUAUAUGCCCUACCUGAUUAUCUUCGUUUCAGGCUACUGGACUCAGCUUACUUUGUACUGGAUCUUGAGCACACUCUCUGAUGAUGUCGGAAGGGCUUCGCGUUCCGGUGGCGUGUUCCGUGCCUUUGAGACUGCAGGUCAAGCAGUUGCGUAUGGGCUGAGCUCAGCAAACCACAUCCAUCACGUCAUUCCACUCUACGUCAACCUUGCCCUGCUGGUUCUCACGAUACCUAGCAUAUCCUUGUUGAUCACCAAAAUGCCAAGGAGGCCUGAAGAGCUAGCGCACACAGUAGAAGAGCACACCAAGCAGCAUGAAGUGGUUCUUGCUGACUCUUCGAAAGGCAAAUAA